CAAACCCCUAGGGGAGAGUGAGCCCUGGCCCGGCGCCUCGGCUGCCACGUCGUCCUCCUCUCCGGGUCUGUCCCGCGCGCUCCCGGCGCCCCGGCCUGCAGCCGCGCAGGUCUAGCCGCCAGGCCCUUGCCGAGGACAGGCCAGGUGGUCGAGAAAAAAGCACGCGCUUGAGCAGCGGUCUGGGCCGGGGGUGCGCCUGCGGUCGCCGCGGCGCGCGCGGGUCCUGAGGGGGUCCUGAGGGAGGCCCCGCGGUCGGCGUCUGGGGCGGAGAGGCCCCGCAGUGGCCCCGGCCCCCGGCCUGGCGCGCACCGCUGGCCGGCGUGGCUCUGGGCCGUCACGUGUGGAGGGCGCGCCUCCCCCGCCGCGUGCCCUGCCCGAGGAGGAGAGGACCAGGCAGCAUGUGCCCCGCGCUCCGCGACCUGCCGCCAUCCGCAGGAAUGAAGAAGACCCUGCAGGAUGAGAUUGACGCCACCCUGCGGGAGAGGAUUAUGGUGCUUGAUGGAGGAAUGGGGACCAUGGUCCAGCGGCACAGGCUGAGUGAGGACGACUUCCGAGGACAAGAAUUUAAAGAUCACGCGCGACCCCUGAAAGGCAACAACGACAUUUUAAGUAUAACUCAGCCCGACGUCAUUUACCAAAUCCAUAAGGAUUACUUGCUGGCUGGGGCAGAUAUCAUUGAAACAAAUACUUUCAGCAGCACUGCUAUUGCCCAAGCUGACUAUGGCCUCGAACACUUGGCCUACCAGAUGAACAAGUGCUCUGCGGGGGUGGCCAGAAAAGCAGCCGAGGAGAUAACUCUCCAGACAGGAAUUAAGAGGUAUGUGGCAGGAGCUCUGGGUCCAACUAACAAGACGCUCUCUGUGUCCCCAUCUGUGGAAAGACCAGAUUAUAGGAACAUCACAUUUGAUGAGCUUGUUGACGCAUACAGAGAGCAGGCCAAAGGGCUUCUGGAUGGCGGGGUUGAUAUCUUACUCGUUGAAACUAUUUUUGAUACCGCCAAUGCCAAGGCAGCCUUGUUUGCAGUCCAAAAACUUUUUGAAGAGGAGUAUGCUCCGCGGCCUAUCUUUAUUUCAGGGACAAUUGUUGAUAAAAGUGGGCGGACUCUCUCUGGCCAGACUGGGGAGGCGUUUGUCAUCAGCGUGUCUCAUGCGGACCCACUCUGCAUUGGAUUGAAUUGUGCUCUGGGUGCAGCUGAAAUGAGACCUUUUAUUGAAACAAUUGGAAAAUGUACAGCAGCCUAUGUCCUCUGUUAUCCCAAUGCAGGUCUUCCCAAUACCUUCGGUGACUAUGAUGAAACUCCACACAUGAUGGCCAUGCACUUAAAGGAUUUUGCUAUGGAUGGCCUGGUCAAUAUCGUUGGCGGGUGCUGUGGUACGACACCAGAUCAUAUCAGAGAAAUUGCUGAAGCUGUGAAAAACUAUAAGCCUAGAGUUCCACCUGCCAGCGUUUUUGAAGGGCAUAUGCUACUGUCUGGUCUAGAGCCCUUCAAAAUCGGACCGUACACCAACUUUGUUAACAUUGGAGAACGCUGUAACGUUGCAGGAUCCAGGAAGUUUGCUAAACUCAUCAUGGCAGGAAAUUAUGAAGAAGCUCUGAGUGUUGCCAAACUGCAGGUGGAAAUGGGAGCCCAGGUGCUGGAUAUCAACAUGGAUGAUGGCAUGCUGGAUGGUCCAAGCGCAAUGACCAGAUUCUGCAACUUCAUUGCUUCUGAGCCUGACAUUGCCAAGGUGCCCUUGUGCAUUGACUCUUCCAAUUUUGCUGUGAUUGAAGCCGGGUUAAAGUGCUGCCAGGGAAAGUGCAUUGUUAACAGCAUCAGCCUGAAGGAGGGGGAGGAUGACUUCCUGGAGAAGGCCAGAAAGAUUAAGAAGUUUGGAGCUGCUGUGGUGGUCAUGGCUUUUGACGAAGAAGGACAGGCAACAGAAACAGACAUCAAAAUCAGAGUGUGCACGCGGGCCUACCAUCUCCUUGUGAAAAAACUGGGCUUCAAUCCAAAUGACAUCAUCUUUGACCCUAACAUCCUCACCAUCGGUACUGGGAUGGAAGAACACAACUUGUACGCUGUCAAUUUUAUCCAUGCAACAAAAGGCAUCAAAGAAACGUUACCUGGAGCCAAAGUAAGCGGAGGUCUUUCCAACUUGUCUUUUUCCUUCCGAGGAAUGGACGCCAUCCGAGAAGCGAUGCAUGGGGUUUUCCUGUACCACGCAAUCAAGUUUGGUAUGGACAUGGGGAUAGUGAAUGCUGGAAGCCUUCCUGUGUAUGAUGACAUCCACAAGGAACUUCUCCAGCUCUGUGAGGACCUCAUCUGGAACAAAGACCCUGAGGCCACCGAGAAGCUCUUACGCUACGCCCAGACUCAGGGCAAAGGAGGGAAGAAGGUCAUCCAGACUGACGAGUGGAGGAGUGGCCCCAUCGAAGGGCGCCUUGAGUACGCCCUCGUGAAGGGCAUUGAAAAAUACAUUAUUGAGGAUACUGAGGAAGCCAGGUUAAACCAGGAAAAAUAUCCCCGACCUCUGAAUAUCAUUGAAGGGCCACUGAUGAAUGGCAUGAAAAUCGUUGGUGAUCUUUUUGGAGCAGGAAAAAUGUUUCUACCUCAGGUUAUAAAGUCAGCUCGGGUCAUGAAGAAGGCUGUGGGUCACCUUAUUCCCUUCAUGGAAAAAGAGAGAGAAGAAACCAAAGUGCUAACUGACACAGUAGAAGACGAGGACCCUUACCAAGGCACCAUCGUGCUGGCUACCGUUAAAGGCGACGUGCACGACAUAGGCAAGAACAUCGUUGGAGUAGUCCUUGGCUGCAAUAAUUUCAGGGUUAUUGACUUAGGAGUCAUGACUCCAUGUGACAAGAUAUUGAAAGCCGCUCUCGACCACAAAGCAGAUAUAAUUGGCCUGUCAGGACUCAUCACUCCUUCCCUGGAUGAAAUGAUUUUCGUUGCUAAGGAAAUGGAGAGAUUAGCUAUAAAGAUCCCACUUUUGAUUGGAGGAGCUACCACUUCGAGAACCCACACGGCAGUUAAAAUAGCCCCAAGGUACAGCGCGCCUGUGAUCCACGUCCUGGACGCGUCCAAGAGCGUGGUGGUGUGUUCUCAACUGUUAGAUGAGAAUCUAAAGGAUGAGUACUUUGAGGAGAUUAUGGAAGAAUAUGAAGAGAUUAGACAGGACCAUUAUGAGUCUCUCAAGGAGAGAAGAUACUUAACCUUAAGGCAAGCUAGAGAAAACAGUUUCCAUAUUGACUGGCUGUCAGAGCCUCCCCCAGUGAAGCCCACGUUCCUUGGGACUCGGGUCUUUGAAGACUACGACCUGCAGAAGCUGGUGGACUACAUUGACUGGAAGCCUUUCUUCGACGUGUGGCAGCUUCGGGGCAAGUACCCGAACCGAGGCUUUCCCAAGAUAUUUGAUGAUAAAACUGUAGGUGAAGAGGCCAGAAAAGUCUAUGAUGACGCCCAAAAUAUGCUGCAGGCACUGAUUAGUCAGAAGAAGCUCCAGGCCAGAGGCGUGGUUGGGUUCUGGCUGGCGCAGAGUGUCCACGACGACAUCCACCUGUAUGCCGAGGGCGCGGUGCCCCAGGCCUCGGAGCCCAUCGCCACCUUCUACGGGCUCAGGCAGCAGGCCGAGAGGGACGCUGCCAGCGCAGACCCCUGCCUCUGCCUCUCGGAUUUCAUCGCCCCUCUGCACUCGGGCGUCCCCGACUACCUGGGCCUGUUCGCCGUCGCCUGCUUCGGGGUGGAGGAGCUGAGCAAGGCCUACGAGGAGGAGUGUGACGACUACAGCAGCAUCAUGGUCAAGGCGCUGGGGGACCGGCUGGCCGAGGCCUUCGCCGAGGAGCUGCACGAGCGGGUCCGCAGGGAGCUGUGGGGCUACUGCGGCGGCGAGCGGCUGGCCGUGGCCGACCUGCGGAGGCUGCGCUACGAGGGCAUCCGGCCGGCGCCCGGCUACCCCAGCCAGCCCGACCACACCGAGAAGCUGACCAUGUGGAGGCUGGCGGCCGUGGAGCAGCGCACAGGCAUUAGGUUGACAGAAUCGCUGGCCAUGGCACCUGCUGCAGCUGUAUCCGGCCUUUACUUCUCCAAUUUGAAGUCCAGAUAUUUUGCCGUGGGCAAGAUUUCCAAGGAUCAGAUUGAGGAUUAUGCUUUAAGGAAGAACAUGUCUGUGGCCGAGGUUGAGAAAUGGCUUGCACCCAUUCUGGGAUACGAUACAGACUAAGUGUUUUUCUCCCUCUUCUGUACUUGGUGACCCUCAAGGAAACACGGUCCCAAGCGCCUUCAUAGUAACUGCGCUGUGGCCACAAGCCCAUCUGCAUCCGGUUCACCUCUGCUCCACUCCAGGUUGUGGACAUUUGGUGGGACCUUGUAGAAGAACAGGGUCUUCCUACGGUUCUUGGAAAACGAGUGGCUGUUUUCUGGGGACCUUGAAUGAAGAGCAGGGAGCAGAACUCCGGGGGUGUCCCUGGUCCCUUGGGGACUAGGACAAGCUGGAGAUGGAGGUCUUUUGCAUUUCAGAGCAAGUCAAGUUGCUUUUUUCAUUUUUACCCUGGACCUAGGAGGCCACUUCUUUUUUUUUUUUUCCCUCUCUCUCUCUCAGAGAAAAGCUGAAAGUCAGUUGAAUAGAAGAACGUGACCCUGUGGCAGCGUGACGCUGUGAGCAGCGGGGCAUUUUAAUCUGAGUGGUUAGAGCAGUUACUCUGACAGGGAAGAAGCAUCACUCUGCCCUCUCUCCCAAGACUUCCUUUUCUGAAGCCGCAAUCAGACGCUUGCAGGAGUCCCUUUGGCCAAAGGCACGCUCUGCCCGCCGGCUUGUCAGAGGCACUCAGGCUUCUUGCCCUGGCAGGUCAAAUACAGCCAUGUUCUCCAAGUAUUUUGUCCUCUCCUAAUUUCGUAUUCCCUCGCCUUAAGGGAGGAGGAGGAGGUGGGCAGAGAGAGUGGCCGCUCAGGGCAGUUAACAUCCUUGGGUUAAUUUCCAGCAUCGAGCAGGGUCUCGGCUCGGCUGCGUGUCCUGUGCGGCGUGGACAGGCGAGCAGCACCACUCCACUCAGUUCUUCCUUCUCUGCCGCUGCUCCAACUCCAGACUCACACGAUAUGGGAACAGCACGUGGACUUGUUCACGGUUAUUGCAGGGAGACGGUUAAGAACACGGGCUCUGAAGUCGGAUAUGCCUGGAUUCAAGUUUCAGCUUUGCCACAUCCUUGCUGUGCGACGGAGGCAGAUUACUUCAGCAAUCUCCAGUGUGCUUUUCUCAUCUGUGAAGUGGGGACAAGUGACACUAGCUCCUCUCUUAUGGGUGUGAGGUGUGGAUUAAAGGAGGUGAUGCACCUAAGGCAGGUAACACAGGUCUGGUACUUGGGGAGAGCUUGAUUGCCAGCAGCUUCUGUAGAGCUCUCUAGGUGGUCCCUAGAGCUCAGCACAGGGUAGGUGUUCGUGGAAUGGGUAUGAGAGAUUAGUAGGGGAGAAAAGAUAUUAGGGAAGUGCACAUGGGAAUGACCGGGUUGAAUAUACUAGGUACCCUUUCUGGGAUUAGAGCCCCAUUGAAUACAGUGACUGGAGUGAGAAGCUACUGUCUCUGUCAUCAGCGCCAUCAGGCCUCAGGCCUCAUUGUCUGAGACGGUCUCCCCUCCCCUCGUGAUAUAAGCUGGCCUUGCCCCAAAGCAGUUCUAUCAAAUAUACACUCAGGUACACUGGAGGUGAAAGGGGAAAGAAAAUGUAGGAAAUGAUAACCCUGCAUAGCUGUAGCAUAUACGUGUUUACCUGCAGAGUCACACGCCUUCUUAGGCAUCACUUGCUCUCAAAGUGAAGAGAAUUGUAUGCUUUCUUUAGGUACAUUUAAUCUGUGCUAGAUUGAGAAUGGAACUCAGUUUCCUGAGAUGCUCAGUUGGAGGACUUAUUUUUUUCUUCCAUAGCAUGUACAUUAUUCUGGGUGUUGGUGCAUCCUUCUGUAAGAAAGGAAAACCCCCUGCAAAUAUUUUAACAUAUUUUAUCCAAAUUACAGUUGCUAAAAGUCUCCCAAUUUCAUUAAAUAUUUACCAUAUCUUUUCUCAGCUAGUUGGGUGAUGGGAUGGCUUCCUUGAAUUUAUUGUUGACCUGAUCCCGUGAUGGGUGCCUUUUAUCUAAAGACAAAAUCAGUUUGUGCAAGUUCAAGUGCCUGUAUGUUCAUUACAGAACAUAGAAUGUAGCUUGAAAACCUCGUCUUUAGUUUACGUCAGGUGACCUCAGAGGCAGGAAGGUGACUGUCCCGCACGCAGGAUCUUGGCGGUGCCUCUGCCUGCGCGUCCAGAACCUCUCCUUGUCAUCGACGUCCUUGGCACUCACACCCGCGCUCUCAUCUGCGUCGUUUCCGUGAGGGAUGCCAUGGUUAUUCUUCCCUCUAAGGAAGCGCUUGUCCGGAGCCUUCCUCGCUCUGCUGCUCGCCCCGCUCCCUGUGCCACGGAGGCUGGCAUGUGGGAUGAUGGUUGAGAUCAGGUCCUGUGACACUCUGGGUCUCCUCUGAGAUACUCUGCCAACCGCCUCCUCCACGCGCAGCUGGGCUCCUGCGCAGACGAGGUGGCCUUCUUUCUCUUUCUCUCAGCCUUGUCCUCAACAGGCAUCUGCGUGUCUGCUCUGUGCCAGCCACCUUCUCCUCCCAUUCUCUCCUUCGUCUCCCCUGUCAUUAAUGACCUCUUAAUUGUUAGAUCCUGUGGCCUUUCCAGUGAUUUUUCUUCCCUGGGUUUGGGCAGUACCGACCGCUUCUUCAAAAAUCUCCUUUCUGAGGUUUGCCCUUGACUUUACUCUUCUGGUUAACCUUCUAUGUUUCUUGUAACUUUUAGCUACUUCCAUAGUUUUCUCCUCCUCUCUUCCUCUGUCCGUUUAAAGCCUGGUCCUCACAAGCCUGUCACUAGUUAACUUCUUAGUCAUAUAGUUUCAGUGGGUAAUCUCCUCAACCAGGAUCUCCAUCCAGACUCCUCUGUCCUGAGGCGUGCAUAGCAAAGACCUGGUGUGUCUCAAACCAGUGUCAUCUUACUCUUUGCAAAUUCUUGAUAUAUUCAGUGGUGAAGAAUUGUGCCACCACUCCAGCAAGAAACCUCAAACCCACCCCAUCUUUUUCUUGGACUCUUGCGGUUAUCUAAAAAAUUGGCACAUAAAAGACCCACUUAUCCUAGUUUUAGUUGGGAAGGUAAAAGAGAUGUUUAAAGGCAGGCAGUGUUUAGGUUAAGGCCUGAUUAGGGAUUUGAAAGAUAAAGGUGAAGAAGCAAGAUAGAAGGAAAUACAGAACUGUUGUUCACGAAUAUUGAAGGUUGUAAGGACAUCAUAUCCCCCCAAAAUGAUCUAUAUAUUCAGGGCCAUUUGCAGCAGAAAUUCCAACAGAGGUUUUGUUGAAUGUGACAAGCAGAUAUUUAAAUGUCUGUGGAAUAGUCAAGGACUAAGAUGGCUGGAUACUACUAACUAUGAUAAAGAGGUUGAGGGGCUUACAAGAUAGUAAGUUUUAUUGUAGAGUUUGUGUUGUAUGUGGUACAGAGGUAGGCGUUCUGAGCAGUGCAGUGAAAUAAGGAGCCUGGAAAAUAGCCCAUGCAUAUAUGCUGACCUUUGAGACGUGAGAGGUGGCAUGGCGGAUCAGUGAGGGCAGGAAGGGUGACUCCAUAAAUAGUUCUAGAACAACAGUUAUCCUUAUGGAAAAAAAUGAAAUUGAUUCCUGCCUCACACCUCAUGUAGCAAUCAAUUCGAAAUACAUUAAGGUCUUCAUUACAAAAAGCAAAUAUUUAAAUGUUUGCGUGAAAAAACCUUAGGGCAGGAAAGAUUCUCUUGAGACAUAAAAUGCUGAUCAUAAAAGAAAUGGUGAUUAAAUCAAAUGUACUAAAGCUAGCACUUAGGCUAAGCUAACAAACAAUUUAGUGUAGUGAAAAGACAAACCAAGAUCGAUACUUACAAUACAGUUAACUGACAAAGGAGCAGUAAGCAGAAUAUAGAGAGAAUUCCUAUUUUUUAAGAAAUAGAAAAAUAGACUUCCUCUUCUGGGGAUGGUGUCUAGAGGCAUUCAGGGUGGUCUAGCAUUUGACAUACCAUCGUAGGUUGUCCUACAGUACAGCCUCUAACAAAACCGGGCUGUCCCAAACCCCUGGUAAUAGAAUUGUUUACCUUUAUACCAAGAAAGUUGGGAAAGCACCAAAAUCUGCAUGUGGCACGUGCCCAGGCCUACUUCGAGGAGUUCGUGCUGUGAGGUUGUCUAAAACGAGAAAGCAUGUCACCCGGCCCUGUGGUGGCUCCGUGUGUGCCACACGUGUCUGUGACAGGAUCAAGCGUGCUUUCCUUAUUGAGCAGAAAAUCAUUGUGAAAGUGUUGAAAGCACAGAGUCAGCUAAAUAAAAAGAAGCUUUUUUGAGUAAUAAAAAAAAUCAAAAAGGAAAAAAAAAAGGAAAAGAAAAAUAGAGAAACCUUGAAGAGGCAUUUCACAGAAGAGGAAAUACAUAGGGCUUAUAAAUGAGUAGAAAUCUUGGACAUAUGAAUUAAGACCACAACGAACUUGCAAUUUACGUUCGUAAGAUUUGUAAAAUUAAGGCGUCUGACAGCACCAGGUGCUAAAGAAGACUCGUGUGAGCUCGUCACUGCGUGGAUGUGUAAACAGGCGCCUCUGCUUUAGAAAACAACUACACCUCACCAGGUUGCACAUUUGUAUACUUUAGGGUCUAGCUUGUGACUCCAUCUCCCAGUUGUGUAUCCAAUAAACCCUUGCAUUUGUGUACCAGGGGGUAUGUACAAAAAUGUUUAUAGUAACAUCUUCAUAAUAGUUAAUAACUGGAAAAACUGAAAUGUCCUCUCUACAGGAGGAUGUUUAAGUAAAUUAGGUGUAUUCACAGUAAGAGAUAUUACUCAGUAGUGAAAAUACGUGAACUACGGUUCUACCUGGCAAUAAGAAUGAAUCUCUGAAAAUAUUAAGAAAAAAAAGCAUGUCCCAGAAUAUGGUUGAGACUAUUUUUAUUGAGCUCAAAACCAAGCAAAACCAAAGAGUAUAUUGUCUUAAGCAUACAGAAAUGGGAAAACUGUACUGUAACAAAACAAUGAUGAACCAAAAUUUAGUCAACGGAUGACCUCUGAGAGGAAAGCAAAGGGAGCGCACAGCAGAGGGACACGUGGGUAGAAGCUGGUUAUUAGUAACGUUCUCGCUCUUGUGUUGUAUGCUAGGUUUACGGUUGUUUAUUGUGCUUUACAACGAAUAUAAAUAUUGUAGAAUUCUGUAUGUGUUAAAUAUGUUGUACCUAAUGUGUUGAAUAUAAAAAUAACAAGAAAAAUGGAAUAGUAAGCUAAAAUCUGGCAACUUUGUGGAUAAUGUUUUGUGUGUCAAACAUAUUUUUUAAAGAAAGGAAGGACAGAAGGCACAGCAGCGCCAAGGCGGGGGCAGAGAGCCGAGCAUCUGUGCCUCCUCCAGCCAGAGCCGCGUGGCUCCUGAUACGGGCUUCGGAGAAUGGUCGCUGGUGGCACCCUUGGCGAAGGCGGGGAAGGUAGGAGGGGAGGAGAGAGGAGUUCUGGAUAAACUUGAUGUGACCAAAUAGGGCAAUCACAUACCUGACUUCGGAAUGUCGGAAGAACGGCCUUAUAACUGGGAGACUUCCACGUGGAGGUGGAGGUUUGGACGGGAUCACAUCUGGAGAAUCUGAAGAGAGGACGGAACUUGUUCUAGGACCAGGGAUCCGGGAGGAUGGGGAGCCAGCGGAGGAGCCGCCUGUUGGGGAAAGGAGACCGAGAUGGGGGCCGCGUCAGGCAAAGCAAAGAUACACACAGUUCUUAAGUGGUCCCCUCUGGGGAGUAGGGUGGGGGACCAGGGGCGGGGGCCUCAUGGUUUGGGUAUUUCUCACUCUUUCUGCACUGCUUCAAAUUUUUACAGCAAAGAUAGAUUAUUGUA